AUAAAAUGUUUCGCCACUGAUCACCGUUUCAAUUCACAACAACAAGUGUGUCAUCAACAACUGAACGAAGCUCUGAGAGAUUUAUCUUACAAACUGCGCUAAAAUAAACCACGACUGAAGACCUGGAUAUCCGUGAUUCACUUCCGAGGAUCGGCAGCGACGUUUUGAAGUUCACUUUUCGUUUUCAUCUGAAGACUUGAUACUUCAGCAAUCCACUGACACUUGAAGAGCUGUGCAUCUCCUUUGGAUAACGUCAGUUUUUCUCUCAAGUGCUCCUUUCACCAGUUUCUUUCUUGCAAAGGAGAUAUGACCGCAUUAGCGGGGGGCAUUUCCAGGAUGAUGCGCCCAAUGCCACCCCAAAACUACCCGAGAGGAGGCUUUUCUUUGGAGGUCUCCACGCCGUUAGGUCAGGGCCGCGUGAACCAGCUCGGUGGAGUCUUCAUAAACGGACGCCCUCUGCCCAAUCACAUCCGCCACAAGAUAGUAGAGAUGGCCCAUCACGGGAUACGACCGUGCGUCAUCUCCCGACAGCUGCGCGUGUCGCACGGAUGCGUGUCCAAAAUUUUAUGCAGGUACCAGGAGACGGGAUCUAUUCGGCCCGGUGCUAUUGGUGGCAGCAAACCCAAGCAGAGCACAACUCCCGAUGUGGACAAGAAAAUCGAAGAAUACAAAAGAGAUAAUCCAGGGAUGUUCAGCUGGGAGAUUCGGGAUAAACUUCUGAAAGAUGGAAUCUGCGAUCGAAAUAACGUGCCCUCAGUGAGCUCCAUCAGCCGCAUGCUGCGCUGUAAAUUCGGUGGAAACGGAGAUGAGGAUGAGGAUGAUGAUGAUGAUGACGAAGUGGAAAAAAGGGAGAUCGAGGAAAAUGAAAGAAGAGCCAAACACAGCAUCGACGGGAUUCUUGGCGACAGAUCAAGCCACUCAGAUGAGGGCUCAGAUGUGGACUCAGAGCCGGGUUUGCCAUUAAAGAGGAAACAGCGGCGCAGUCGGACCACGUUCACGGCCGAGCAGCUGGAGGAGCUGGAGAGAGCUUUCGAACGCACCCAUUACCCUGAUAUUUACACCAGAGAAGAGCUCGCUCAGAGAGCUAAACUCACCGAGGCACGAGUACAGGUUUGGUUCAGUAAUAGAAGGGCUCGUUGGAGGAAGCAGGCAGGAGCCAAUCAGCUCAUGGCGUUUAAUCACCUGAUACCUGGUGGUUUCCCAGCCUCUGCGAUGUCGAGUCUUCAGCCCUAUCAGCUGGCGGACAGCCCUUACCCUCCCUCAUCCAUCUCACAAGCAGUAUCGGAGCAGCCCGGCACUGUGCACAGGCCCCAGCCUCUUCCCCCCACCUCAGUGCAUCAGACUGGGCUUGGCAGCGGACUGGGGGCCCAGGAUGGGAGUUCGGCCUACUGCCUUUCCUCUGGACGUCAUGGCUUCUCUGGUUACUCGGAUGGCUAUGUGGCCGCGCCGGGCCAUGCAAACCCAGUGAACCCCACCAUCAGCAACAGCCUUCAAUCACAGGUGAUGGGGCUGUUGAAUCCUGGUGGAGUGCCACACCAGCCGCAGAGUGAUUUUGCCCUCUCUCCGUUGACGGGCGGUUUGGAGCCCAGUACAGGCAUGGCUCCCAGCUGCCACUCUUCUCAGAGACUGGAGGCUCUGUCAGGCCUGCCCAGCUCCCAGUCCUACUGUCCCUCCAGCUACAGUUCACCGGGGUACAGCGUGGACCACGUGGCAUCUUACCAGUACAGCCAGUAUGGGCAGAGUAAGGUGCCUUUCAUUAUCUGAAACCCAGCAUUGACUGAAUGAAGACAGACAGGAAGGAGAUGAAGAGAUCUAUGGAUGACUGUAAACUCUUGCACUUGAGCUUUCCUUCACCUCUUGAACGUUUGACCAAAAUGACCAUCCUUCCUCAAACUCCCGCUCGAGGAGCACUGAGGACAGGCCAGCGGUGACGGCGGUCCUCUCUGACGCCUGUGGGUCCAAAGUGCAACUGAGUUGUUUUUACGAGGGGGAUAUUGUGGGUGGGGUUGGGUUGGGUUUAGGAUCAGGACUGAAGACGGGUUUUAGACAAUUUAGACCUGGACCAAACUGCCUCUCCAUAUAUCUAUUACCAUUCUGGAGCAGGUAUCACACGUUCUGAUGACACUUACCGCCUCCUUCCUGAAGAAUGACAAGCCAUGGGACACGACGAGGACAAAGGGAAAGGACAAAUAAACAACUCAAAGACUGAGACUGUGCUUAUAAACAGCAUGGAAUGGCAGGGAAGAGUGUGCACCAUACUCUGAUAUCAGCUGUCCAGUGACGGACGCACUUUAGUGGCUGGUUGCUGGUGACUCUUUGGUUGAGACUGAUUUUGUUGAUAUAUUUAGGAAAUAAGGGCUCGGAAAAGACUGAUGUGCCAACUUUCCUUAUUACACAUUCAUACAUAAAUGUAUAAAUAGACAAGAACAUGCUCACAUUCGGCACAACUCUCUCAGGUCCUCUUCAUAGAGUGAAAGAGGCUGACCUAAACGGAAUGCACUCAAGUGUCCGAUGGCAUUUCCCUGACUUAAACGAUGGAGUGUGAUCCUCGGAGGUGCAGACAGGCUAUGUAACACAGACCCCUUUAUUACCAGUCAUCUGAGCACACACAAAAUACCCUGUUAUUAUGAGACAGAAGUGAUGUUCAGAAUAGAAUACUAUUGUACUGCUUAUUGCAUACUGUAUACUACAGUAUAUACUAAAAUAAUGCAAUGCAUUUCAAAUUGUAGCAUGCUACCUUGUAAAUGCUGUUGCAUUUUUAAUCUAUUUUGAUUUGGCAGAUGAGAUGUCAAGAAAACAAAAAUAAAAUACUUAGUUUUAUUGGUUACAGUGGAAUAGGAAAGUCAAGUCGAAUGCAUUGCAAUGUUGAAUAUAAUAUUAUGUAGAAGGUCGUCUAGCUAGUUUUGCAUGCAGAACAGUUGCAUUCAAUAUACAUAGUGCUGCAUACUGAAACAUAAGUAGUAUGGUAGUAUGCUAUUCUGAACAUUCAGAGAGACACAGGCCACAAACAAACCCAAGGAAAGUGCAAUACACACUCAAUACCUCAAAAACACUCAUCUGUUCUCACUUGCUCAAAAAAAAAAAUCAUCUGUCUUUAAACUUAAGUUGUUUUUCAUGCAAAGAAAAGAUUCCAGAUGAUGAAGCAUUCCAUAUUGUGGAUGGCUGUCACCUUUCAGAUGAAGUUCUUGUUCUGUCUCUGUAACACAUUGUUCAUGUCUUAUUUUUUAGCUUGUUGUUUUAUACUUUCAUGUUUUGUUUUUGAUUCUCGACUGCAUAUAAUGGUUGAUGGAUAAUGUGUAAAAUGCAGCACUAUUUACUAUUUAUACGAAAAUAAAUAAAUAAAUUGCUUUCAAGGUUA